UUUUCUUGUUACUUUCAAACCACUUUCUCGUAUCCCAUGUUCCCUUAUUCGGUGGGUUUCUCUAUUCAAACCUUCAAACUUUCCCAAAUCUAAAACAAUACCCUUUUCUUCUAAACCAUGAAAAACCAUUUCAAAGACCCAGAUCACAACUCUUCCAUCACUUUCUCAAAGCUCAUCACUUUCUUCUUCCUCUUAAUCACAAUCUCUUACCUUUUUUAUUCUCUUAGAUUUGUUACUCAUAACUAUGAUUGUGAUAAUAUCCAAAACCAAAAACCCAUCAUUCAUAGCCACACAAAUUUACCAACACAAAAACCAUUUGAAGAUGAAGAAAAAAAACAAACAAAAACAAACAUUUCCCAUAUAGUUUUUGGAAUAGGUGCAUCAGCAAAACUAUGGAAAAAGAGAAAAGAAUACAUCAAACUUUGGUGGAAACCAAAUCAAAUGCGUGGCAUUGUUUGGUUAGAACAAAAAGUGAAAAUUGAUUCUAAUGAUGAAGAUCUUUUACCACUUUUGAAGAUCUCAGAAGAUACAUCAAAAUUCAAGUACAAAAACUCAAAGGGUCAUAGGUCAGCUAUAAGGAUUUCAAGGAUAGUGUCAGAAACUGUACGCCUUGGAAUGGAAAAUGUGAGGUGGUUUGUGAUGGGUGAUGAUGAUACAUUUUUUGUUGCUGAGAAUUUGGUUAAUGUUUUGAAGAAAUAUGAUCAUAAUCAAUUUUAUUACAUUGGUAGUAAUUCAGAGAGUCAUUUGCAGAAUAUUUAUUUUUCUUAUAAUAUGGCUUAUGGUGGUGGUGGAUUUGCUAUAAGUUAUCCUUUGGCUGUUGCUUUGGAGAAAAUGCAAGAUAGGUGUAUUCAAAGGUAUCCUGGUUUGUAUGGUUCUGAUGAUAGGAUUCAAGCUUGUAUGGCUGAGCUUGGUAUUCCACUUACCAAGGAGAAAGGGUUUCAUCAGUUUGAUGUGUAUGGAAAUCUCUUUGGGCUUCUAGCAGCCCAUCCUGUGACACCAUUGGUAUCCCUCCAUCAUUUGGACGUAGUCGAGCCCAUCUUUCCGAAUGUUAGCCGGGUCCAAGCCCUAAAGCGGCUUACAGCACCCAUGAAUUUGGACCCGGCCGGACUCAUCCAACAAUCCAUUUGCUAUGACAAAACACGGACUUGGACCAUAUCUGUGUCAUGGGGCUAUGCGGUUCAAAUAUAUCGGGGAAUUUUCUCUGCCCGGGAGAUGGAGAUGCCUGCAAGGACCUUCCUAAAUUGGUACAAGCGAGCCGAUUAUACUGCCUAUCCAUUCAACACACGCCCUGUCAGCCGAAAUGUUUGUCAGAAGCCAUUUGUUUAUUACUUGUCUAAUGCAGUAUAUGACAAGGAUACAGAUGAGACUGCAAGUCGAUAUGUACGGGUUCAAUCAAAUCCGGAUUGCAAGUGGAAAAUGGAGGAUCCGAGUCAAAUCAAAUUGAUAGUGGUUUAUAAAAAAACCAACCCAAAUUUAUGGGACAAGUCUCCAAGAAGAAAUUGUUGCAGGAUUCAAGAUUCAAAGAGGAAGGGAACUAUGGUGAUUGAUGUGGGGGAAUGUAGAGAGGAUGAAGCUGUUGAAUUGUAGACUUCUUAACAAAAAUUUUUGGUAAAUUUUUUGGCCGCAAAUGAAGUCAAGGAUGAGUGCUAGAAGUCCAAAUUACUUGACUUUCUGCUUUGGAAAAAAGUGUAAUUGUUUUGACCGAAGUUCAUAAUUUUAGGAGGAUCUUAUACUUAUACUAAUACUGCAUAUAGAUUGUCUAACAAUGAAGAAUGAGAUUCAAAAUUUUACAAUUCAAAAUUAUUAGACCAA